AAUUAAUCUGACGGCUGGAAAUUGUUAUUUGAGUUCGUAAGCCACCAGGGUUUCUGAUCUGACGGCUAAUCGCACGGCUGGACGUUCCUCUCUUGGUCAAUUGUGGGUCCCCACUUUUCACAAGUAUUUUGGCGUUUCAGAAACACAAAAACGGAGAAGAGAGAUGUCGUAUCGCUCCUUCACCUCUCUCCCCCAAAAUGUCUCGAAAUCUCUUUUCGUUCUUCCUGGUCUUGUAAAGCUGUAGCAGGAGAGGGCGAGAGAGGGAUGAACGACCUGUCCAAUGCAGUUGUGAGAGACCCAGUACCAGGUUUAGCUGUAUACGUUUUGGUUCCGCUGUUGUUGAUCGGUCUAUCUGUUUCUUUAUUCAUACUCAUUGUGGUGCACAACGUGGCCUUCUUCCUCUGUGUGUUGAUUAUCUCGGCCAUCGUCACUUCUUUCAUAGUUUGGAACAGAAUUAACUGGAAUCGCAAAACUGCAAUCUCUCUGUUCCUUCGCGGCUUACCCGACUCUGACCUCGCCCUGGCACAUGAGGGGCAGCUUGUUAAGAUCACUGGGCUAGCAUCAUGUGGGAGUGUCUCCUUGGAAUCUUCUUACGAAAAGGCUGCCAGAUGUAUAUAUACAUCUACUUGUUUGUAUGAAUACAGAGGAUUCAAUUUAAGUCCUGCCAAUUUUAACAAAUCAUGCUUCCGAUGGAGUUUGGCAUAUUGUGAGAGGUUCUGCUCAGACUUCUUCAUAACCGAUCGAAAGUCUGGUAUCAGAGCUGUUGUGAAAGCAGGUUCUGGGUGUAAUGUCAUUCCCUUGAUCGUGGAUAGCAAACUUGUCACUACCACAAGACGUUGCAGAGUUUUAUCUGCUCACAUGAGGAAGUGGUUAGCAUAUAGAAACCUCCGCUCUGAAGGCCGGCUACUACGUCUUGAAGAAGGGUAUGUACGAGAAGGGAGCUCCGUUUCUGUGUUCGGAAUGUUGCGCCGGAAUGACAAUGUUUUGAUGAUUGUUCAGCCACCAGAGAUCAUAUCUACCGGAUGUCUGUGUCAUAAGCUUCUCCUCCCAAGUGAUGUUGAUGGUCUAAUAUUAGGGGUCCCUGAUGUAGCAGCCCAGGUGACCAACACAGGUUCCAUUGAAGGGGAGUGUUAAUGUGACAUUGUCUAACUUAGAGAGAAAUUAUGAAACCCUAUAGAAUCUAAGUUUUAGAUGAUAAACUAAUAUUUUUGAAAUUAAUCCGUAUUUUUGUCCCUAAACCGUAACCGCUAAUAUUUGUAGUAGAAUUUGUGUUGCCUAA